AUGGCUUCCACAAAACCAAUUCCAGUGGCCCCUAGGCCAAUCAACGGGGUGAUGCCUGUGGGCGUCUUUCAGGGUCCAAGCGGACGAAGUUCGUUCAACUCUGCCAGUCUUUACGUGGGCGACCUCCUCCCCGAGGUGACGGAAGCGAUGUUGUACGAGGUUUUCAACGGAGUUGGUCCUGUGGCUUCUAUACGUGUUUGCCGUGACAGCGUGACACGGAAAAGUUUGGGCUAUGCUUACGUGAACUACUACAAUGUACAGGAUGCUGAGACUGCGCUGGAGUGCUUAAAUUAUAUCGACAUCAAGGGCCAUCCUGCACGUAUUAUGUGGAGCGACAGGGACCCCAGCUUGCGCAAAAGUGGCACAGGUAACAUCUUUGUGAAGAACCUGGACAAAGCCAUUGACACCAAGGCGCUGUACGACACCUUCAGCCACUUCGGCACCAUAUUGUCCUGCAAAGUGGCCAUGGAUGCACUUGGCAAUUCCAAGGGUUAUGGAUUCGUACAUUACACCACCGAGGAGAGCGCAAAAGAAGCCAUAGAGAAGGUGAAUGGCAUGCUUAUAGGCAACAGCCAGGUUAGUGUCGCUCCCUUUGUGCACCGUUACGAACGCGAAUCAACGCUGUGUGAUGUGUUCACAAACCUAUACGUGCGCAAUUUCCCCGACACAUGGACGGAGGAUGAUUUGCGCGAGACUUUCAGCAAAUAUGGUGAAAUAACUAGCAUGCUUUUGAAGACCGACGACAAGGGACGGCGUUUCGCCUUUGUCAAUUAUUCUGACACCUCUAUGGCAAAGGCUGCUAUGGAGGCCCAGAAUGGUGUGAAACUCGAAGGUAUGGAAGAGCCUCUUAUGGUGUGCCAGCACAUGGGCAAAGCGAGGCGCUACGCCAUGCUGAAGGCCCAAUAUGACUCGAGUGCUCAGGACCAUCGUAACAAGUUUUUGGGAGUCAACCUUUACCUUAAAAACCUUGAUGACGCCAUCGACGAUGCUGCCCUUCGCGACCUUUUCAAACAGUAUGGAACAGUGACUUCUUCGAAGGUUAUGCGUGACCCUAACGGUGUUAGUCGCGGCUUCGGUUUCGUCUGCUUCUCGCGCCCUGACGAGGCUACGAAGGCCGUUGCGGGCAUGCAUUUGAAGCUUGUGAAGAACAAGCCGCUGUAUGUUGGUCUUGCCGAGAAGCGCGAGCAACGUGCUAGCCGUAUGCAACAACGCAGUCGGCAGAACGAGUUGAUGCAGUAUGGAGAUCGCCCAGGUUAUAUGCCGCUAUACCCGCCGGACAUGCCUCCACAUGUGUACUACAAUCAGGUAGGAUUCCGCCCGUCGAUGCCCUCACAACCGAUGAGUGUGGGCCCGCGUGGUAUGCGCAUGAUGGCGCCUGUACCCAUCGUCCACGGCCGAGGCGCCGCUUCCCCACACGCGCUACCGCAGGGACGUCGUGCUCCCGUGAAGCAGGUGCCUCUGAGCGGAUUUAAAUUUACUGCUCAAGCUCGCAACCGUACAGAGAUGCCGAAUGGAUCCCCCGCCUCGCCGCCUCCCCCAUCACAGCCGGCCAUUGACGGCGCAGCCAUGCACAAGCAAAUGAUUGGCGAGCGCUUGUUCCCUAUUGUUGCCCGCGAAAACCCCGACUUGGCUGGGAAAAUCACCGGAAUGAUGCUGGAGAUGGACAACCAGGAACUCAUGGCCUUGUUGGACAAUGAGCAGCAGCUGAAAGACAAGAUACAGGAGGCGAUGCGCGUCCUCCAACAGGCGUCUUGA